AUGGAUCGCAUUUCAGAUGAUGACUGUGAAUUCGAAGUGGUCACUUGCGAUCAGAAACGAUGGGAAUUUUCGGCGACGAGUGUCGAGGAACGUGACGAAUGGGUGCGCGCGAUCGAAGAGUUGAUCGAGAAAUCACUCCAAGCACAAAUGUCACAGAAACAAGCCGACAACAAUCGUGUGCACGGCGAUAAAGCUGAUGUGCAGGCAUUGCGUCGGAUAGACGGCAACGAUAUUUGUGCGGACUGCGGACAACCGAAACCCGAUUGGGCGUCGUUGAAUCUUGGCACUUUGAUUUGUAUCGAGUGUUCGGGUAUACAUCGUAAUCUUGGAUCGCAUAUCUCUAGAGUUCGGUCGUUGGAACUCGACGAAUGGCCUGUGGAGUAUCUGACCGUAAUGGAGAUGAUCGGUAAUGCGAAGGCAAAUUUAGUUUGGGAAUACAACGCACCGCUCGACAAAAAACCGAAACCAGAUUCUUCCCGGUAA